AUGGAGCAAGCCUCACGGUGGCAAUUAUUCAAUACCUCGUGGACAACCCACCGCAUCUCCCCCCUCCACCAUGGCAAAGACUUCGAAACCCUGCUCAACAACGAAGCCGCCUUGAAAACAUACGCUACGCGAUUGCGCGACCAACUCACAGGCGAUGUCCUCGCAGGCUUCCAAUCAACAAUCAACACAGCAGAAAACGACACCUUUUCAAAAUCAGGGUCCCUCCAAGAGUGCCGGUGGGAGUUCUUUGCCGCGGGACCAUCCCGGCAGCGUGGCGUAUAUCCCAAGGCCUCAUUCCCGGGUAUUCUGGUCACCCUCGAAUAUGAGAAUGCCACAUACAAAGCCGCCCUCCUGGCUGAUACCGAUUCAACUACUCAACCGCGAAAGGGCGUUACGGCUCUGCCGCUACUAUUGACUAAAUUCCCCAUCGCACUGCGCCAGACAUUCAUCACGUUUAUGUAUUCCAAUUUCGACACGUACUGUUCAACGCUGGGACUUUCUUCGCGGUUUUUAUGUGAUGCGCUUGAGAAUUUCGUUAGUGUUGUGCCGGGCUCCGAGGUCGAAGAUGUGAUUAAGGAGUUACAGCUCACGCUAUCGUUUUCUUCGUCUAUUACGCCGGCGUUAAGGAAUAUCAAUGUCGGUAUUCCUCGUGCCUCGUUGGUUUCUUUCCUGGACCAGGAUGCGGGAAAUUCGAAAGGGAAGGCUGUACAGGGAAAAGCAAGAAUCCCCUUGGUCGAAAAUAUCACGUCUUACCUGGAGACGCAUCUGGCAAUGAAGUUGGACCUGGACGGUUCGCAACACAAUACUGUCGCCAGACAGCAUGUGCGGUUGUCGAAGGUUGCUUGUGCUGCAUUUGUGAUAUCCAGCGAUGGGCGAUUGAAGCUCAUCGUCGAUGCUAAACGAGCUGGUGAGAACGCGGACGAGGACGGGGACAGGGGAGAUCAAGAUAUUUCUUCUUUGCGGGCGAAUGAGAGGUUGCUUCGUGCUGUUAUUCGGAAGAGUUUUGCUGGGGAGCAAGUGACCACAUGA